AUGUCUGAACUGCCGGAGGAUGUGUGGAGAAGAAUAAUGCAAAUCGGAGUUGAAAAUUCAGUUCUGGAUUUCAAAGAUUUAUGCCGGCUUUCACUCACCUGCAAAUGCCGUUAUAAACUCUCCGGUGAAGAUGCUCUUUGGUCAUCACUGCUCUAUCAAGAUUUUCAUGAUGAAGAAGAUGGUGCCAUUGCUAGUAAAAAAGGCGUUUACAAACAUAGGUAUUUAAAACCACCACCACCAUUAAUUGUUGACGCUAUCUCAAGGGAAUAUUAUUUUAUUCCAUUUAAAAGUGAUGGUGGUGUUGGAGGUUUGAGGAGUCUCGUGAGGAGAAAACAGGUGGAUUCUGCUCAUUCUAAGUCACAAUCUGCCUCAGGGAGUGGUCAUCAUCAAUUGGCCAAGGCUUUAACUGUGCCUCAUCUUAUUGCCAUAGGAGUUGGUUCCACUAUUGGUGCUGGAGUUUAUAUUCUUGUUGGCACAGUCGCUAGGGAGCAUUCAGGACCAGCCCUUACUUUUUCCUUUCUAAUAGCUGGUAUAGCAGCUGCUCUUUCUGCCUUCUGCUAUGCUGAGUUGGCGAGUCGUUGUCCAUCAGCUGGGAGUGCCUAUCAUUAUUCUUACAUAUGCGUAGGAGAAGGUGUUGCUUGGUUGAUUGGUUGGGCGUUAAUAUUGGAAUACACUAUCGGAGGCUCUGCGGUUGCUCGUGGCAUCUCUCCUAAUUUGGCCUUACUUUUUGGAGGACCAGAUAGUCUCCCUUCGUUUCUAGCUCGUCAGACCAUCCCAGGGCUUGGUAUUGUGGUGGAUCCAUGUGCAGCUAUUUUGGUGUUUGUAGUCACUGGUCUUUUGUGUGUGGGAAUCAAGGAGAGUACAUUUGUUCAAGGAAUUGUGACAGCAGCAAAUACUUGUGCCAUGAUCUUUGUCAUUGUAGCUGGUGGAUAUUUGGGUUUCAAGACUGGAUGGCCCGGCUAUGAACUUCCUGUUGGAUACGGACCAUACCAUUCAGAAAAUGUCAGUCCAGAAAUCCUAAAAUGGUUAGUCUCAGUCUCAGAUUUGGUUCUGAAAUUCGUCUGA